CUGGCGACUCCAGUCGCCCCUAGGGGCCUCUGCGCUUUCGGGCCCCGCCUCUCGUCUCCAAUUGGCCCCUAACUCGUCCCGCCCCCGCAGGCAAAAUCUUCCCUUGUGGUUGGUCAGCGGUGAGUCUAUGCGAGACCUGACCCAAUGGACGCUAGAGUUCUCAGAACGUGACCCGGAAGUUGGUCCUGAGCAGGCGCCGUUGGCUGUGGACGCCUAACUCGCGCGCUGAGACUUCCGGCUGGGAGCAGAAUGCCGAGUCCUGCGUGAGUCCGCGACGAGGGCAAAACCGCAGCUCUCACGUCCUGUCUUAGGGAGGUGCUGGCGGGACGGCCUAGGGGGCCGGCGCGGCUACGCUCGGGACUGACUGGGGUCGAGGCCCCGGAGCUGGCUGCGCCGGGGCUGGAGCUGGGGUCCUCGACCGGGACUUGAAGCACCAGGCCCCCCGGCAUCUACCGACGCUGGCCAUACUUGCGCGGGGACGGGGGCGCCUUCCUAGACGGGCGCAGCUGGUUUCGGGGCCAAGGCGCUCCGGGGCUUGACGAUGGCGUCGGGCCCGGGCUCCCAGGACCGUGAAGGGCUCCUGAUAGUGAAACUGGAGGAGGACUGCGUCUGGAGUCACGAGCUGCCCCAGCCAGACCCAGGGCCCAGUCCAGAGGCCUCCCACUUGCGCUUCAGACGGUUCCGCUUCCAGGAGGCCGCUGGGCCCCGGGAAGCCCUCAGCCGGCUCCAGGAGCUUUGCCAUGGGUGGCUGCGGCCUGAGAUGCGUACUAAGGAGCAGAUCCUGGAGCUGCUGGUGUUGGAGCAGUUUCUGACCAUCUUGCCCCAGGAGAUCCAGAGCAGGGUGCAGGAGCUGCAUCCGGAGAGCGGCGAGGAAGCGGUGACCCUUGUGGAAGAUAUGCAGAGAGAGCUUGUGAGACCGAGGCAACAGGUCACAAACCAUGGGCGGGGAACAGAAGUGCUUUUGGAGGAGACUUUGCCUCUGGAAACAGCACGAGAGUCACCGAGCUUCAAGCUGGAGCCAAUGGAGACUGAGCGAAGCCCUGGCCCCAGGCUGCAAGAGCUGCUAGGCCCCAGCCCCAAAAGGGACCCCCAGGCUGUAAAGGAGAGGGCAUUGUCUGCUCCCUGGCUUUCACUCUUUCCUCCUGAAGGAAACAUGGAAGACAAGGAGAUUACUGGGCCUCAGUUGCCUGAGAGCUUAGAGGACAUGGCUAUGUACGUCUCCCAAGAGGAGUGGGGGCAUCAAGAUCCUAGUAGGAGGGCCCUCUCCAGGGACACGGUGCAGGAGCGUUUUGAGAAUGUGGACUCACUGGAGUCUCAGGUUCCUAGUCAGGAGGCCCUGAGCACCCAGGUGGAACAAGGAGGAAAGCCAUGGGAUCCCAGUGUUCAGAUUUGCAAGGAGGGCCUGAGCCCAAGAAGCCCAUCUCCAGGGGAAGAGAAAUUUGAGAACCAGGAAGAAAUUGCUGAGUCUGUUUCCUCUGAGAGUGUCCACCCUCAGGUGCUGCUGCCUGGCCAGGCCAGAGGAGAGGUGCCCUGGAGUCCUGAGCAGGGAAGGCUUCGGGACAGGGCAGAAGGGCCUUGGGAGCCUCCCCCAGAAGUUCGGAUGGAGCAGUCCUUAGUGGGGGCCACAAGUUGCAGGGAACUGGGGCGACCAAAGGAACUGCAGCUGAAGAAGCUCCAUUUAUGUCCAUUGUGUGGCAAAAAUUUCUCAAACAACUCAAACCUAAUUAGGCACCAGAGAAUACAUGUAGCAGAAAGACUGUGUAUGGGUGUGGAGUGCAGUGAAAUCUUUGGUGGGAACCCACACUUUUUAUCACUACACAGAGCACACUUGGGAGAAGAGGCCCAUAAGUGCCUCGAAUGUGGAAAGAGCUUCAGUCAGAAUACUCACCUGACUCGCCAUCAGCGCACCCACACAGGUGAGAAGCCCUAUCAAUGUAACGUAUGUGGAAAAAGCUUCUCUUGCAACUCCAAUCUGCACAGGCACCAGAGAACACACACAGGUGAAAAGCCCUACAAGUGCCCCGAGUGUGGGGAGAUCUUUGCUCACAGUUCUAACCUCCUUAGGCACCAGAGAAUUCACACAGGAGAGAAACCCUAUAAGUGUGCCGAGUGUGGGAAAAGUUUCUCUCGAAGUUCACACCUUGUCAUACAUGAAAGAACUCACGAGAAAGAGAGGCUUUACCCCUUCUCUGAGUGUGGGGAAGCAAUAAGUGACAGCACUCUCUUUCUUACAAAUCAUGGAACCCACAAGGCAGAGAAGAAACUCUUUGAAUGUUUGACUUGUGGGAAAAGCUUCCGGCAGGGCAUGCAUCUCACCAGACAUCAGAGAACGCACACAGGAGAGAAACCAUAUAAAUGUACCCUUUGUGGGGAAAACUUCUCUCAUAGAUCCAACUUAAUCAGGCACCAAAGAAUUCAUACGGGAGAAAAACCCUAUACCUGUCAUGAAUGUGGAGACAGUUUCUCUCACAGCUCAAAUCGGAUUCGUCAUCUGAGAACCCAUACCGGAGAGAGACCCUAUAAAUGUUCUGAAUGUGGAGAAAGCUUUUCUCGGAGUUCACGCCUUAUGAGUCAUCAGAGAACUCACACGGGAUAGAAACAAUGGGAUUUCUUUUUGGCCCAGAUAAGGUGGUAUAUUCAGAGGGUCCUGUUGUGAAGAGCUGGUAUUCCUUGUUCAACUGACCAAAUGAUCUGUGUUUUUAAGGUAAUUAUUAUAAAGAGUAACCAGGGGGAGGGUCACUGUGAGGGAGGUACAGAGGCAGCACAGGAUUAGCAUAAAACUAAAAAGGAAUUUUGCCUGAACUAGUGAGGAUGGCAAGUCUUUAAGGUGACCUGC